AUGGGAAUCUGGACUGACGCCAGGUGAAAAGACCAAGACAGAUAUCCAUAUCAGUUGUUUUUGCUGUAUUAUUUUUAUAGAAUGUUUUCUGAAAACUUCAAAGGGAAACAAAUGAAAUGAAUCAACAUACAACCUGGACUAUGGGGGAUCAUUUUGUGUGUGUGUGCGUGUGCGUGUGCGCGUGCGUGUGUGCGUGUGCGCGUGCGUGUGUGUGUGUGUGUGUGGACUAUGAGGGAUCAUUGCCAAUGAUUACACACACACACAUACACACACACACACACACACACACACGUUACAGGAGGGGGUCGCAGUUCCGGAGCGACCCACUAGGUGUCAUCCUCCGACAACCAUAAGCACCUCCUCACUCACAGUCGGGACUAAUUCUCUGCCUAUUGGUGUCACCUGUGGCUAUCUGAUUCACCUGUGUAUUUAUGCCCUCACUUCCCUGUGUUUCCUUGCUCAGUUUUCUCUGCUAGUUCCUUGAUGUCAAGCAGUACGUAUCAGUGUCUGAUCACGAGACGGAGUUACAGGUACUCGAGAAGUGUUCUCCCUGUGUCAUUGGGUUUUUCCAGUCAGAGUUAGUAUUUCGUAUUGUUUGCUGUCAGCCUGUUUUUUGAAGACCAACGUGCGCCUCAUUUGUUUUCGUGAAAAGUCAGUUGUUUUGUAUCCUGGUUUUUGGACCACCAGUAAAGUUCCUUGUUUCACCAUCCUCGCCUACUGCCUACUGUCUAACCUGCACCGCACCUGGGUCACACCUCACACCAACCCUUGUAUGAAAUUUGUUAUAAAAUUGCAACAUUUUCUCUCCGCCCAUAGCAAAAUAGAAUAGACGUUUUUAUAUCAAUAUCACAUAAUUUCUGGGUAACAAUUAAGCAUCUUACUGUGAUUGUUUUCAAUUAAAAUAGUCAAAAAUAAACAGUUUCUUAGCAAAGAGCAAUUUCUCAAGCAAGAAUUUUGUUAGGACUGUCUGAGAGUGGUCCGAGUGGGGAGGGGAAAACCGAAAAUGUGUUCUUAUUGGCAGAGGUUUGGAACUCUCUUUCUUAUUUGUCCAUUAAACUAAUUUACCACAUGGUGAUGUCACCAUAUACGGCUAAAUCUCCAGCCCACCAAAACAGGCUGAAAUUUCAGGCAGUCUUUUCAAACAUCUCUUACACUAAACCGGUAUCAUCAUCAUGUUCACAAUUUCACAGUGUCAUUCCAACCUCAUAGUGUGGAAAUAUAUAUAAAACACAAGAAAUUCUAGUUUUUGACUGCACUGGGCCUUUAAAACUGCAAUGUUUUCUCUACGCCCCAUGACAAAAUGUGUAGAAUUGCAAGAAAUGAACUUUAAAACUAAAUGUUUUCUCUCCUCCGUCAAGAGGGGGGCCACUGAAAUGUUUUUCUGUGAGGUGGGGGGCCCAAGCCAAAUCUAGCUUAGGGCCCCCUAAAGGCUACAGCCGGCCCUGAGUACACUGUUCUAAGUUCUACAUAAAAUGCAAAUUUGUGCAACUCAAUUAUAAAAGGUAUUCUCCAAGGCUAUAUGUGGCAUUCCACUUGGCGCCGUUAUAUUGUUUGCAUAUAUAAUAUUUUCAUCUAACUUCUUAGUUUAAAUCAUUCUCCUUUUAAGCUUUCUUUUUUUUACAUUUUCUUCUCUUUUGUGUUGAGACAGUUGUGUGGAAUGCACACCUAAUAAUGUUUGAUUUCUUUCAAUCUAGGAGUGUGGAAUUCCAUUCUCAUCAAUAUAUUGAACAAAGUGAGUAUAUAUUUUUUUAAUAGAUCUAUUACAGAUCUAUAACACUGAGCUGCUUAUAUUGGUAUAAGUCAUGAUUAUACACUGUAGAUAUCUGACUUGACUAUAUAAUACGUGUCGUGAUUAUACACUGUAGAUAUCUGACUUGACUAUAUAAUAAGUGUCUGUUGGUGAACUUCAGGAAGAGGAGGACUUUUGGAGAGAUCUCCAGAAGCUCUAUUUGGAACCUCUGGCUGAGGAUAAAGAAAAAACAGGGAAAAAAAAUCACAAAUGACCUAAAGGAACUGAGAAAUAAGGUAUGCCGUCUUCUCAUUUCACUGUACAUGAUAUUAGCAUCAAGUAGGUGUUGUACUUUAUGUCCACAUCUGGUAUUAAAGAGAGAGUUUAGUGCUGUUAAAACGAUGACUAGUUGGAUUGCUCGUCCCGUUCCUAUCCCUUUAAUUGAAAUGCACUUUGUCCUCUUCACACAGGUGACUUUUAUCUAUUUCAUCUGCAACGCCAUGAGGCUGGUGGCGACGUUCACUCUUCAGGUCAUUGGAAAUGCAGUCACCAUCAGAAUCCCAAAGUACAAUAUCAAUCUGACUCAGACUAGC